AUGAAGAAAGUGCAUCUUGAAGAUUUACCUAAUCUAAGAAGCUUUUCUUGUGGAGAUGUUGUUGAAUGGUCAUCCUUAGAAAAUGUGGUGUUGAACAACUGUCCCAGAGUCAUUAAGUUUGGUUUGGGAAUAACAAAAGAAUCACAGUUAAAAUCGAUACUAAUAACAAAAAAUGAAGUGCAAAUUGACCCUCACACCAAACUUCCUUAUCUUUUUCAAUUAUCGGAUGACAAAUUAUCAACAAUUACUGAGUACAAUGUUAGUAGUGAUGAAGAAAUAAGCAAGAUGUUAGAUAAUCUUCAACGUUCUCAUUUCACUAACCUUCAGAUUCUUCGAGCAAAAAAUUCCAGUAUGUUGGGGGAGUUUUUGGAGAUGUUGAUGAGUAGGUCACACAAACUUGAAGUUAUCAACAUUGAGCAAUGUGCAGUGUCAUUUUUGUGGCUAUUUAACAUUUAUGCUUCUAAAGCUCCCAUAAAUUUCGCUAAGUUAAAGGCUCUAACAUUAGAAAAAGUAUAUGAAAUAUCAUAUAUAUGGUUGUAUGGUAGUCCAGAUGAUAUUGACCUUGGAAAUCUUCAAAUUUUACACAUCAAAGAUGUUUCCUCUCUUGGAAGUAUAUUUUCUAGUUAUCCAGCAGAUAAGCUAUACCAACUAAAAGAAUUAAUUGUACAGGCAUGUGAGGCAUUGUUUGCCAUUUUUGGGGAUCAUAGUUGGGAAGUUAGUCCAAGAGCUAAGCUCCCAUCAUUGAGCAAGGUGGAGUUUACGUCUCUCCCAAACUUGAGACAAAUCUAUAAUGGUCAUUUGGAAUUUCCAAGUCUAAAAUCUUUGACCAUAGAAACAUGUCCAUUAUUGACAAAAUUCACCACUGGAUUUGCAGAUUCACAACAUGAAAUGCUUACAACUGAUGGGGAGUCUUUCUUUGAAUUGAAUGAGAUUGUGUUUGACAGUUAUGACAAAAUGGUUUGUGUCAUCUCUUCUGAGACAUUACAAGAGUUUACCAACUUGAAGAAACUCUUUGUGAGCCAUUGUAAGGAAUUAAAAAUCGUAUUCAACAUUCGUAAACAAAUACCUUCUUCCACUCAACUUUUGCAACAACUAUGUGAACUAGCUUUGAUUCAUCUUCCAAAGUUAAUUUGCAUUGUCAACAAAGAAAUUCUCAAGUUUUAUCAGAAUUUGAAAAUUCUACAAGUGAAGCAAUGUAAGUCUCUCAAUCUGCUACAAGUACCCUUAAAACUAACAAAUCUGGAAAUUUAUGAUUGCGAGGCAUUGAACAAUAUUAUUUUCAUUAAAGAUGAAGAGGAAAGGAGAGAGAAACUCACAUUUAGUGAAUUGAAGGAUAUUUCUCUUGGAAAUCUACCAAAACUCUUUCUUGUCUUUCCUUCUACAUCUGAAUUUCCAUCCUUACAAACAUUAAAAAUAGAAAAUUGUUCUUCUUUAAGAUCUUUUGUUGAAGAUUCCGAAGCUCUUACAGAAUCAUCUAUUACAAAUUAUUUCUUCCCACGUUCAUUUUCAGUGGAAAAAUUAAAGGAACUUCAUAUUAUAAAUAUGGAUGUAGAGAAGCUUUGGCACUCCAAUUAUCCAUCUGAGUCAUUUUGUGAACUUCAAGAUCUAAGUUUGACCAACAACAACAAAUUGUUGACUGCUAUCUCUUCUAGCAUGAUUAGGAGAUUUAAGAAUUUGAGAAAAUUAACUUUAGCCAAAUGUGAAUUAUUGACAGAGGCAUUUGAUAUUGAAGAUGACAAUCUUGACCAUAAAAUUCAUGAAAUACUUCCUCAACUAAGGGUGCUAGCAUUGAUUGACUUAAUCAAAUUGAAGCAUGUCUGGAAUAAGGAACCUCAAGUUUUACAUUUUCUAAAUUUGGUGUCACUUUCGAUUGUCAGUUGCGGUAACCUUCGAAGUUUAUUCUCACUUUCUACGGUAAAAAAUCUUAGAAAACUCAACAUACUCAAAUUGUGCAAAUGUGAUAAAAUAGAAGAGGUGAUAUCUAGUGAUAUAUUUGAAGAUGGAAAUAUUUCUAUCAAUUUUCCUGAACUAGAGUAUCUUGUAUUGGAAGAUCUUCCGAUGUUGGUAGUUGAUGCUCUAGGAAAAAAAAUGACGUGUCAUUAUCAAGGAAUUGACUAA